UUUACUUGUUACUGUCCCCAGCUGUCUGCCAGUCUAUUUUUAGCCAAUCCAAACUCUGGAUCAGAGCUGCGCUUCUUCUCACGCACCAUCCCGUUACUCAGUGCUUUCAGAUUGGUCCCAAUCCAAGCCAGGGACAGGAAGAACGAAAGCAAGGCUAACCUACUGGAAAUGUGGAUAUGUGGAAUUUUCAGUAUUGUCUUUGGGAACUUUAGGUACAAGUGGAGAUAGCUGAUUUUAUUUAUUUAUUUGUUUACUUUUUACUUCACGUGACUUUUGGAUUACAUAUGGUAGUUUUUUUCAACAAAGGACCACAGGUAACUGCUCCUGCUGGGUGCUUUAGUAUUCUUAAUCCACCUGGAGCUCGGAUGGUGCUGAAGGACAAACUGCAACCCUGACAUGGCUCCUUUGUAGAAAAACUGCUCCAGUGAUGGCUUGGAGUCGUGCUGUCACCUGUCCAGCUUUGGACUAGAGGGAGACAUUCCCAUUUACAGAGAAACUCUCACGCUAAACAGCCACCACUAGCCUUCUGUGUGUGAAGCAUCUAAACAGCUGUGUGAGAAAAUGGCACAACACAUAGACCCCUGCUGUCUGCACAACCUCUCCUACCACCCGCGAUGGCAGCACAACUUCAUAAAAGGGAGGAGAAAAAAACAUAUAUGGACAGACACUUUCAGCGGAUGUAGUCGAUUUGAAUCUUUAUCAGCAUCGUCAUCAUUGUCAAAAAGGUCAUUAUCAUCCAGACCGCAGUUGCUAUCAUCUGCCCUGCAACACACCAGGAGCUGGUGGAGGAACUGGUUUCUUUUGCCCUUCCUCAUAGUCUCAUUUUUCCCCCAUCAAGCCUCUGCAACCACUUUCACAAUGGCUCUAGUUGGACCCUGGACAUGUGACGUACUAUACUCAAAAGCCCUCCCUGACUUGGCUGCCAGCCUUGCCAUCAACCGCAUAAACAAGAACACCUACCUCAGUAAAGGCUACUGGUAUGACUACAAGCUGAUCAAUGAGGACUGCCAGUCAUCCCGUGCCCUGGCUCGCUUUGCUGGGCUGAAAGGUUAUGCAGCUGCUUACUUGGGCCCAGCCAACCCAGGCUACUGCUCCUCAGCUGCUUUGUACGCCAAAGAGUGGGAUCUUGGGCAUCUUUCCUGGGCCUGCCUCAAACCCAAUAUGAAUAAAGGACAUAUGUAUCCUAGUUUCAUGAGGCCACUGCCACUCUCCUCUCAUGUAAUUUUUACAGUGUUGCGAUUUUUUCGGUGGGCCCACGUGGCCAUAAUCUCAGAGGAGUCAGACUUGUGGGAAGCCACAGGGCAUGAGCUGGCCUCUUCACUUAGGGCCCUCGGCCUGCCUGUUAAACCAGUGGUCACAAUGGAGAACAACAAAGAAGGGCCUCGGGCAGCUUUGACAAAAGUGCGGGAGACAGACCGGGUCAGAGUGGUCAUCAUGUGCAUGCCCUCAGUCCUGAUUGGUGGCCAAGCCCAGUACCAACUUCUGACAACAGCCUCAGCUAUGCGCAUGAUUGAUCGUGGCUAUGUGUUCAUUCCCUACGACACCCUUCUCUACUCACUACCCUACAAUGAUGCACCCUACUAUAUGCUGGGCAAUGACACCAAGCUCCGGAAAGCCUUUGAUGGAGUUUUAACUAUCACCAUGGACUCUGGUGAACGCAAUUUCUAUGAGGCCUUCAAACAAGCACAGGACAGCUAUGAAAUACGUACCAGCACUCCCCCAGAGCAGGUUUCUCCAUUCUUUGGCACCAUCUACAAUAUGAUGUACUACACAGCUAUGGCUGUUGAGCAGGCCCGCGAUAGAGAAGGCCGCUGGGUAACUGGUCGGAUCCUGGCCGAUGGCGAGGGUGGCUUUGAGUUUGACGGAUUCAAUCAGCCCCUGAGGGCUGGCAGGAACGGUGAAGGCAUGCAAGCUCAAUAUGUGGUCCUGGACUACAGCGGCAUUGGCAACACCCUGUACUCCACUCAUUCGCUUCAUGCUUCUCACACGGACAGCAAGAGCGGGGGCUUGAAAUAUCUCGGCCGUUCAAUCCAUUUUGCAGGGAGCACUCCCUACAAAGACUCAACCUGCUGGUUUAGCCCAUACUUUGCCUGUACUGGAGGCAUAAAUUCGGCUGCUGUCUUCUUGCUUUUCCUGAUGUUCAUUUCGUUGAUUGGAUUUUUAGUAAACAUCUUUCUUCGCUACAGGAGAGAUGGCAAAGUUGGGUUCAGCUUUGGAGGUGGUGGCCACAGUAGCGGAUCGACAAAGGUGGUCCUGACCCUUGAUGACCUGGUCUUCAUCAAUACCCAAGUCAGCAAGCGGAAGCUAAAUGAUGACAGUAUAGCAAAAAGCCAGGGGGAUAUGAAGACGCCUCACCACUCAGUGUCCGGCCGUAGCUACUUGGCCUCCACGCCAGACAGCUCGAAUAUUGCUGUUUUUGAGGGUGACUGGGUUUGGCUGAAGAAAUGCCCCGCUGGAUCAGUAUCAAACGUCUAUAACAGCACUGAGAAUGUCUUUGUCAAGCUCAGAGAAAUGAGGCACGAGAACCUCAAUCUGCUACUGGGGCUGUUCUUCGACUCUGGGAUCUUUGGCGUUGUGAUCGAGCACUGCACCAGGGGCAGCUUGGAGGAUUUGCUCAGCAAUGAAGAAGUGCGUCUCGACUGGAUGUUCAAGUCUUCCUUGUUAUCGGAUCUGAUCCGGGGUAUGAAGUACCUGCACCAUCGCGAUAUCAUCCACGGUCGACUCAAAUCCCGUAACUGUGUGGUAGAUGGGCGUUUUGUGCUGAAGGUGACAGAUUACGGGUUCAAUGAGAUUUGGAUUGUCCAAAAUAUUGACACAGAUGAAAAGCCAGAGGAUCUACUUUGGACGGCUCCUGAGCUGCUGCGAAGUUCUAGUGAGAGGAGGAGGGGCACUUUUGCAGGUGAUGUCUACAGUUUCUCCAUUGUUUGCCAGGAGGUCAUCUCUCGCUCUGCACCUUUCUGCAUGUUGGACAUGCCUCCCAAAGAGAUUAUCAACAAGGUCAAGGAGCCUCCGCCUUUGUGUCGACCUGUCAUAUCAGUGGAGGAGGCCCCGGUGGACGUGAUACAGGUCAUGAAACAGGCCUGGAGCGAAGAACCAGAGCGGAGGCCGACCUUUGAUGAUAUCUUCAAACAGUUCAAGAGCAUCACCAAGGGAAAGAAAACCAACAUCAUUGACUCCAUGCUGCGCAUGUUGGAACAGUACUCCUCCAACUUAGAGGAUCUGAUCAGAGAGAGGACGGAGGAGCUGGAGGUGGAGAGGCAGAAGACUGACAAUCUGGUGGCUCAGAUGUUGCCCAAGUCUGUGGCCCAGGCACUGAAGACAGGCAAGCCUGUCAAACCAGAGCAUUUCAAUCAGAUCACGCUGUACUUCAGUGACAUUGUGGGCUUCUCCACCAUUUCAUCUCUUAGUGAACCCAUUGAGGUGGUCAACCUACUCAAUGACCUCUACUCACUUUUUGAUGCUAUCAUUCUGCUGCAUGAUGUCUACAAGGUGGAAACUAUUGGAGAUGCCUACAUGGUAGCAUCAGGGGUCCCCAACAGGAACGGCAAUCGUCAUGCAGCUGAAAUGGCCAACAUGUCUCUUGACAUCCUCCACUGCAUUGGAACCUUCAAGGCGAGGCACAUGCCUGAUCUCAAAAUCAGAAUACGUGUUGGCCUGCACAGUGGCCCAGUUGUAGCAGGAGUAGUCGGCCUUACGAUGCCUCGAUACUGUCUGUUUGGAGACACUGUCAACACAGCAUCUCGAAUGGAGUCCACGGGGUUGCCUUACAGAAUCCAUGUCAACCAAAGCACAGUUGAUGUCCUAAAGAGCUUGAACCUCGGAUAUAAAAUUGAUGUCAGAGGCCUGACAGAGUUAAAGGGAAAAGGUAUUGAGACCACUUAUUGGUUGGUGGGUAAAGAGGAUUUCACCAAACCUCUGCCUGAUCCUCGAGACCUUCCAGGGGGAUGCACUCAUGUGAUCAGUUUAGAAGAGAUACCCGCCGACAGAAGACAAAUAUUCCUGGAUCGACAGAAGAAGACAAACUAGCCCGUGGUUUAUCAUUGGAAAGUGAUCAGAGGUAGAUCAUUGACUGAAAAGUCGAACAUGCAAUAUCUGACAGCAACUACACACAAGACUAAAGAAAAUUUCUAUAUUAAUCACAUCAAUCAAUCCUUUGCUCUUGUAUGAAAAAAGUAGGUGAAACUGUCUAUGCUCUAUAUGUUUAUUGGAUGUUUUAUACCAAAAAUAGACAAAAGUGACACUGCAGAUCCAAAAAGUGUAGGUUUAUAGAACAGCACAUUUUGCCUAACAGAAAGGCGUAACGACGAAGGUGUCUACAAAUAUGAUUACAGUAUUAUGUGUAAUGCUGGUGUACUGUACUGUAUGUAUUUGUACUGAACCACGUGCUUUAUAGAGAUUCUGGAGGGAUGCUGUCAUAAACACCUUAAUGGUGGAAGCUAUUACUGCCUGAUUAUUCAUCUCAGCUAUAAUGGUGUCUACACUGGACUCACUUUAGAGGCAUUAACCCUGUCACAACAGCACAGAAUGAAAACAUUAAUACAUUUUUAUAGCAAUUUCAGCUGCAAACCUGGAUAGCACAUUCGGAGCUCAGGUCGAGGGUAGCUCUGAUUUUGCUUUUGUAGCGGCAGUGUUGUUUACAGAUGAUGGAAGAAGCCAUGCCACCCAAAAGUGAUCAAAAUCUAUAUAUACAUUAAAACAUGGUGGAUUUAAUAUUUUAUAGUUUUAUUAAAAUAUAUCUAAAAAAUAAACACAAUUCCUCUUUGGCCACUUGGUCUUUAAAAAUUUGAUUUACAUCUGUGGCCUGUUUGUUUCUAGCUGGAUAUCAACAAUAUGCAGUGCUUAACAAAUUUAUUUAUGCAAGUAAGCAUAAAUAUUUUUAGAAAUCUGACAAAAACUCAUUUAAAACAAAAAAAUUCUGAUCUGAACUGAAAUGAUUCGACCACUUAAAUGAGUCUUUUCUGUUUGUGAAUGUAAGUAAAUGACUGUAAUUCGCA